AUGACGAGUUCGGAGAAGAUGACGACCAAGGUGGGUUCUCUCACUCUUCAAUACCUGACGCUAUCGAGGGAUAACUAUGCUUCGUGGGCAAUCAAGAUGAAAGUCUACAUGAAGGCUCAAGACGUAUGGGACGCCAUUGAGCCCGCGGUAGGCGCGUUCGUGGAACACAGGAAGGAUCAGAUGGCGCUGGCGGCCAUCUAUCAAGGGAUUCCUGAAGAGACUUUGAUGAUGAUUGCAGAAAAGCAAACGGCAAAAGAGGCAUGGGAGACGUUGAAAACAAUGCACCUAGGAGCGGAUCGUGUGAGGAACGCGAAGGUGCAGACCUUGAAGUCCGAGUUCGAACUUCUCCGGAUAAAGGAGAAUGACAACGUCGACGAUUUUUCGACGAAGUUGACAGGAGUCGUCAACAAGAUCCGGGCUUUAGGCGGCGAGAUGGAGGAGAACUACGUCGUUAGAAAGCUACUUCGGGCGGUACCGGAGAGAUUCCUUAAACAAGUGGUAUCAGAGCCGUGUAUGCCUAAGAUUCAACCAAGAUCUGAAGCGAUGACGAGUUCGGAGAAGAUGACGACCAAGGUGGGUUCUCUCACUCUUCAAUACCCGACGCUAUCGAGGGAUAACUAUGCUUUGUGGGCAAUAAAGAUGAAAGUCUACAUGAAAGCUCAAGACGUGUGGGACGCCAUUGAGCCCGCGGCAGGCGCGUCCGUAGAACACAGGAAGGAUCAGAUGGCGCUGGCGGCCAUCUAUCAAGGGAUUCCUGAAGAGACUUUGAUGAUGAUUGCAGAAAAGCAAACGGCAAAAGAGGCAUGGGAGACGUUGAAAACAAUGCACCUAGGAGCGGAUCGUGUGAGGAACGCGAAGGUGCAGACCUUGAAGUCCGAGUUCGAACUUCUCCGGAUGAAGGAGAAUGAUAACGUCGACGAUUUUUUGACGAAGUUGACAGGAGUCGUCAACAAGAUCCGGGCUUUAGGCGGCGAGAUGGAGGAGAACUACGUCGUCAGAAAGCUACUUCGGGCGGUACCGGAGAGAUUCCUUACUAUCGUCUCCACGAUUGAACAGUUCGGGGACAUCGACGACAUGACACUCGAGGAGGCGAUCGGGCGCCUCAAAGCCCACGAGGAGAGGGCACGUGUUUUUCGAAACAACGUCGACGAUCACCUAUUGUUGACGCAUGCGGAGUGGCAAGCAAGGAGCAAGAAGAACGGCGGAGGCUUCCUCUCAACACCUACAACCAAUGAUGGCAGCGGUCGAGGACGAGGUCGCGGGGCCGGUCGUGGGCGUGGCCGUGGCCAAAGAGGCCGAGGCGGACAGCAGUACCACGGCAGCGGACAGCAGUACCACGGAGGCCGCGGAGGGGAGCACGGCGGCCAGGCAGGCCGAGGCGGCUUCGGCGGCAGAGGAGGACGUCCAGGAGGUGGUUUCGGCCAUGGAGGUGCAGCUCGCCAGGAGGGGGAGAGUAGCACAAGCGGUGGUCGAGACAAAUCCAACAUCAAAUGCUUCAAUUGCGGAGUAUACGGGCACUUUCAGUCGGAGUGUCACAAGCAACGCCGCAACCAUGAACAGGAGGCUCAUCUCACCCGUGCAUAUGACGAGGAGCCAACCUUGAUGAUGGCUAUGUUAGAGGAAUCGUCAAGUGCUAUUUUGCUUAAUGAGGAGAAGGUGGUGCCGGAUUUACUUACAGCGGGGGAGGCACAAGUUGCCAACGACGUUUGGUACCUUGACAACGGAGCUAGCAAUCACAUGACCGGCCACCGAGACAAGUUCAAGGAGCUCGACGAGAACAUCAAGGGAACCGUCAAGUUUGGUGAUGGAUCCGCGGUAGAGAUCAAGGGGAAAGGCUCAAUCCUCUUUCAGUGCAACAACGGCGAUCAAAGGCUACUACCUGAGGUAUAUUAUAUUCCAAGUUUGAAAUCUAACAUUAUUAGCCUUGGUCAGAUGACUGAAGAUGGAAGCAACGUUGUGAUUUCUGGUGAGUUCCUGAGGGUGUUUGAUAGGAACGGUGCUCUCUUGAUGAGGGUGACACGUUCAACUAACCGAUUGUACAGGAUAGAGUUAAAGACUUGCAAGCCGGCGUGUUUGAUGGCGAACAUUAACGAUCCAGCUUGGUUAUGGCAUGCUCGCCUUGGGCAUGUCAAUUUCUUCGCCCUCAAGAUGAUGACUGAUAAGAGGAUGGCUUCCGGGUUGCCGAAGAUCUUGCACCCGAAUCAACUAUGCGAAGGAUGCCUAGUCGCCAAGCAAGCAAGACUGCUGUUCCCUUCGCAGGCAAAUUUUAGAGCUCAGAAGCCACUGGAGUUACUACAUGCUGACCUAUGUGGUCCAAUCUCCCCAUCUACACUUGCGGGUAACAGAUACUUCCUUCUUGUUGUUGAUGAUUUCAGCCGAUGGAUGUGGGUAUAUAUGUUGAAGGCCAAGAGUCAAGCUUGUGAAACCUUCAAGAAGUUCAAAACAGAGGUUGAGAACGCAUGUGACCACAAGGUGAAGACAUUGAGGACGGAUCGUGGUGGCGAGUUCUUGUCAAAGGAGUUCACCAAGUUUUGUGAAGACUACGGCAUAAAGCGUCAUCUCACUGCACCGUACACCCCGCAGCAAAACGGUGUAGUGGAGAGGCGAAACCGCACGGUGAUGGCCAUGGAGAGAAGCUUACUUAAAAGCAUGCAUAUGCCCGGAACGAUGUGGGGCGAAGCGGUCCUUCACACAAGAAACUCGACGACCGGAGCACACCAAUGGUGUAUAUUGAGGUAG